AUGACCAACUUGAAGUCGGUACUGAGAAGCCUCUCUGCAUAUUCCACAUGCGAUGUCUCGGAUGCACUGCUCAAACUGAAGCACCCGCAUGGAGGCUUCAUUCCUGGCAUAACCAUGUGGUCACCUGAGAGACAGCAAGGCGACACGAAAAUUGUGGGGCCUGCAUACACCGUCAAGUUCGUGCGCAACAACCAUGAGAAUGCACCGAAACCUCCCCAGCAUCACAUUGACACAAUUCCCGAGGGUGCAGUAGUCUUCAUCUCUGCUCCAUCGGGGGUGUUUAACGCCGUCUACGGAGGCCUGAUGAGUGCUAGAGCUCAAUACUCAGGUGCGGUUUUCGGCAGAGACGUGUCAAGCCCAGCUUACUAUGAGGUUGCUCGACCCAGUGAAGUGAAUGUGCCAUUGAGACUGAGUGAUCCUCGUUGCGAGAUCACUGUGUCGCCAGAAGACAUAAUCUUCGCUGAUCUGAAUGGUGUUGUGUGUAUACCUCGUGGACUUGUCGAACAAGUCCUGUCCUUGAUUCCGAAACAGGUAGAAAUUGACGAAAAUAUGGCGAAGGCCAUCGCACAGGGCAGUACAUUUGCAGGUGCGAGCAAGGAGUUCCGAGGCAAAUAA